CUUAUAAACUUGCAAUGGAAACUGUAGUUUCUGAAAUCCGCAUAGAUAUGCCUCCUGCUCAGAAGAUGACUUGCCCUAUCUGCCUUGAUGAUGACUUCGAACCUCAUCAGAUGUUUUCUGUUGCUUUAUGUUGCCAUCAGUUCUGCUUGGAAUGUGUGAAACGUAUAAACGUGGCACUGAUGGAGGGAAGUGUAUUGGGAUGUCCUCGUUUUGAAUGCAAGUCUAAGCUUACGCUUACAAGUUGUUCCAAUCUUCUGACACCUAAACUAAGAGAGAUGUGGCAAGAAAGGAUCAACGAGGAAGCGGUUCCCGUUGUGGACCGAGUUUACUGCCCAAACCCGAGGUGCUCGGCUUUAAUGUCGGGAACUGAGCUCUCUAAAUCUUCUGAAUCGAUGAGAAGUUGCAUAAAAUGCGAUAAACCCUUUUGCAUCAACUGCAAAGUUGCAUGGCAUAGUAACUUGUCAUGUGAAGAUUACAAGAGAUUGGGUCCGAAUCCUACUGAAAAUGAUAUAAAGCUCAAAGCUCUAGCGAAUCAGAAAAUGUGGCGUCAAUGUGGAAGAUGCCAAUACAUGAUCGAACUAUCUUAUGGAUGCAGCAAAAUAGUUUGCAGAUGUGGAUAUUCGUUUUGCUACAAAUGUGGAGCUCAAUGGACUGAAGGAGGUUGCCCUCAUCGAGUAAGGGCAAUUGCGGCGCAGAUUUUUUUGAUUGUGAUCCUUGUUUUAAUUGGAUUAGGCAUUUUCUUAUGGGAAAAUCUCUAA